ACGGCGCUACAACACGAACAGUGCAGCUUCAGUCAGCGUCUCUGCGCGUCACAGCGGUUUUUAUUAUACAAGGUCGGUGUGUGUGUGAUGAUGUCGGACGUGGCGAAGGAGAAGGCCGUGCGGCUGCUGAAGAAGCGAGAGAGCAUGUCGUCUUUGGGCAGUCAGGACGUGAGAGCCAGGAGGGAAGAGCUCACUAACAAGACCAAGGACUCCAUCAGUAGCGUAUCCUACAUGGAUGACGCUGGUCACCAUGACGAAAACCCUCGACAUGCAGUGCAAAUGGAGAACACGUACCAGCUUGGCCCCACCAAGCGGUUCCCCGUGCACACUGUGAGGGAGAUCCUGAAGGACGUUCUAACAAGCUACCUGCAGGAGGAGAAGUAUGAACCCGAGCUAUGCAGACAGAUGACCAAAACCAUAGCAGAGGUGGUGAAGGCGCGAGUGAAGGACCUGAUGAUCCCUCGCUAUAAGAUCAUCGUGAUGAUCAGCAUCGGCCAACUGGUGGAGCAGAACAUGCGCAUGGCGAGCCGCUGCCUCUGGGACGCCGCCACUGACACUUUUUCGACGUACUCUUUUAAGAACAGCUCGCUCUUCGCCGUCGCCAAUGUUUAUGCCUUGUACUAUGAGUGAGGCUGGUUUAAGCUUUUCACAAAUAAGACUUAAUUUAAAGAUCAAAAGUCAGGUUGGAGGAGAAGAAAAGGCAGAUUUCACUGAGGAAUACAACAUUCCUUACCCUAUGAUGAGAUGGAUGUAUGGACAGAGGAAUAGAUGGAUGGAUUAAACCUCUUCUUUCAAAGACAUUUGUUAAUUUCUCUAGAUUUAUUGCUGCAUUUACAGUUAUACAGUUUAUAUAUUGUAGUAGAAUUUAUAUCUGCAACCAGCAUCACUGAUUACUGAUGACUCAAUGGACUGAUAGAUAGAUAAAUGAGGGUAUUGAAGGUGGAUGGAGGGAUGGACAGAUGCAACGAAUAAAUAAAUAAGAAGAACAGA